UACGUGUAUUCAUAGCAAGGACUUAAAAAAUCGAAAGAAUAAACUUCAAAUUGGCAUAUUUUACAGUUAUGACUGGAACGAAAACAUUAACUAUUCGUUUACAGGUAGGAGAAUACACAAGAAAUUGAAUCCCUAGAUUUUAUGUAAAUGAACAUUUUUGCACCAAUUGACAGUAAUCAUAACAAUAAUAUGCCUCAAGUUAUCUCGUGCCUAUAAAAGUACGAGACCACAAUAAAAAUAUCGUAAACACUAUAUCCUUAUAAACUUUCAUCCCGCCUUAAACUAGAGCCCACGUAUGUUCAUAUACAGGUACUUGUUUGUACUGGCGAUGCUAUAAAAGCUAGGGUCUCGAGCUGUCCCUGACAUUGUCCAGGCUGCGUUUGGACCCCUAGGCCUUGAUUUUAUAUUGUCAGCAUGAUGAAAAUAGUUGUGCUAGUGGCGUUGGUCCAUUUGGCCUGUGCUAAUCCGUUGCUGGAAAAAACAUCGAAUGGAAAUCGUCAUAAGAGGUUGCUUUUUUACGACGAACAAGGCAACCUGAUCCAAACAUACAACAGUCCUAUUCGUGACUUCCCGGAACAGAUCGAAAAGUUUCCCUUUUUCGGGUCCUUUUUCCAACCGUUUUACAACUUUAUUCGCCCAAUACAGUCCUUCGGCGGUCGACCGAUGACCUACAUGAUCCCAGUAUCUGAUGAAGUAAUACACCAGAUUGCCCAAGACCCGAUCAUGCAAAACAAGCUGUUGCUCCUGCCAAGAGACCCAAUCGUUGAAAAGAAUGAUCUAUGCCUUGGGAAGAGAGCUCAGAUUCCUUCGCCGAAGCUGUGCAGCGCAUUUUUGAACUGCUGGGACGGUUUUGCUUUUGAGCAGGAAUGCCCGAGUGGCUUGCUGUUCUCUGGUGAGGGAUACUGCGACUACCCGCAGAGGGUGGAUUGUGUCGUCAACUGUGGAAAUGCCACGUUAAGUAAUGAACAGGCGAAUCGUUCCAUGUCUUUCUUCUUUGUUUACAUGCCUUCGAGUAGCGACAUCUACCGUAGAAAAACAACACUUCUUAAAUUUAAAACUAGCAUGUGUCUUGUCAUAUAUUCAAAUAUUUUUUGGUUUGCUAAAGAGCGCCCUGCGCCAGCGCCGGUCCGCUGCGCAAGCGACUUCGAAGCGUUCCGCAGUGAGUGGAGCUGCGGCGAGUUCUUCGUCUGCGUCAACCGUUUGCCCGUGCGCUUCCAGUGUCCCAACGACCUCGUAUUUAAUACGGAGCUGGGUAUCUGCGACUACCCGGCGCGCGUGAACUGCUCUGCUUCAGUGAACAUGUCUGGAGCCGCUGAGGGAGGUACCGCAUCUACGGACGGCAAGACUGUACUCAUGAGGAGUUCCAUCUACAACACUCAGAGUUGGUCAUCUCACUCGCACGUCGCGUUGUCGCGCCAGGACGCCGUCCGCCAGCUGCAGCUCGGUCGCAUCGCCAACAUCAACACAGCUUAUUAGGAUAUCUACAAUUCAACAUACUUACUCUUACAUGGCGACCCAGACAAAAUGCCCAGACACUGCGCCUUUACUUAGAGUUUCAGUUAAAUUUGAUGUUUUUUAUUGCUCUGUACAGAACUUUGUUCACGGAACACUUAUGGGAUCACUUUGGUCUUGCAAAUCGGUUAAAACCAUUUUUCUCAGAGAUCGUUUGAGGUAGAUCUGACAUAGUCUCACAGAUAGGUUCUAAUAGAUGACGUCCAGUGAAUCAUAAAUAGAUUAUAAAAUAAAAGGUCCACUUAUGUGGUUACUUAUUUUGCUAACAAGGUUAAUAGAAAAGUAUCCCGCAUUUACGAGUAACGAAUACAUCAGAGGGCUUACCGCCAACAACGAAAAAUCUAUCUGCCUCUAAAAUUUCAAUUUUUGGUUUUUGCGGAAACCCCUCAGGUCAAUUAGGUUAAAAAUUUCUU